UGGAUUGGCACAGAAACAUCCGGUCUUUACCAGCACUCAGUCCAUCCUCCGCACACUGCCCACAACGCUCACCGAAAACUGCAAGAUGGCUCUGCGAUUCACGCUCACUCUGCUCCUGGUCACGAUCCUGGUUUCGGCCAUACUUCUGGGCUUCAGUGAGGCUGCUUACAGGAAGCCUCCCUUCAACGGCAGCAUCUUCGGCAAGCGCAACAGCCUGGACUACGACAGCGCCAAGAUGAGCGCCGUUUGCGAGGUGGCCAUGGAGGCGUGUCCCAUGUGGUUUCCCCAGAACGAGAGCAAAUAGGACCACGCCCUGGAACUCAGCCUACGCCUCCACCUCCAAGAACUGAUCUCGAGCCUACGACUAACGCACCAGCAGACCAGACAGGUGGGCAGAUGCUGCUCAUGCGCCUGCUCCUGCGACUAAAUGGGGAAA